CCCUCCCCGCCUCUCUCCGCGGCUUCUCUCGCUCCCGGGUCAGAGGGCCGGAGCGAGAAGAUGGCGAAGACGUACGAUUAUCUGUUCAAGCUGCUGCUGAUCGGCGACUCGGGGGUAGGCAAGACUUGCCUCCUAUUCCGCUUCUCCGAGGACGCCUUUAACACCACCUUCAUCUCCACCAUCGGAAUUGAUUUUAAAAUCAGAACGAUAGAACUAGAUGGAAAGAAAAUUAAGCUUCAGAUAUGGGACACAGCAGGUCAGGAAAGAUUUCGAACCAUCACAACGGCAUACUAUAGAGGAGCCAUGGGAAUUAUGCUGGUCUAUGACAUCACAAAUGAAAAGUCCUUUGACAAUAUUAAAAAUUGGAUAAGAAACAUUGAAGAGCAUGCCUCUUCAGAUGUUGAAAGAAUGAUCCUGGGUAACAAAUGUGAUAUGAAUGACAAAAGACAAGUGUCAAAAGAAAGAGGAGAGAAGUUAGCUAUUGACUAUGGGAUUAAAUUCUUGGAGACAAGUGCAAAAUCCAGUACAAAUGUAGAAGAGGCAUUUUUUACACUUGCACGAGAUAUAAUGACAAAACUCAACAGAAAAAUGAAUGACAGCAAUUCAUCAGGGUCAGGUGGACCAGUGAAAAUAACAGAGAACCGAUCAAAGAAGACCAGUUUCUUCCGUUGUUCGCUACUUUGAUAAACUCAGUUUCUGAGAGACUGCAGCACACCUAAAGGACCCUUUCCUGCUUCUCUGAAAGCACAGGUCAGCCAGCCUCAGAAUCACACCACCUGGCUGCUGCUGAGAGCACCACUGAACCUAGACUUCUCGACACAGGAUGCCAUGUGGAUUUCAGCCUCAUGGCCUAUCAAGUUAACAGGCUCCUUUUUUUAAACAUGGAAGCAAUGAAGUGGAGACAUAUGCAGGACUUAACUUGUUUUUCCUUUGGUUUGUCCCAGAAGCUGCUAUCUUUUCUUUUUCACUUUGCACAUCAGUGUUAGCCUGUCCCUGCUACAGCACAGUUUCAGACUCAUAUUUGCACACUUUUGCCUCAUUAUAAGUUCUAGACAAAUUUGUGCACCUGGGGAUGUUUGAAAAAAGUAAAACAUUUAAAGCAGAGGUUAACGUACUAAAAUUAAAAGAUGUUUAGUCUGGGUCAUGUGGCCAGAUGUUGUUGCAUUGAUAGAAUUUUUUUAAGGGCUCUAAUUUGUGAUUUCCUUAAAUAAGAAUCAUUAAAUUCUGAUACAAGUGAUCUUAAAAAAAAUUCAUUGAAAAUAUCCAUCUAUUCAUCGGAGGCCAUAAUUCCUUUAUUUCUUCAGGUUAUUUAGAAUUUUGUUUCAUUCCCGACCUUUUUGUUGGAGAGUUUGGGUAGCUGAAUAAGUCACUUUUUCAAUUGAUUACCUCUCUCUGAUCACUAGAAGCUACAUUUGGAAAUCACCUUAAUAUUGCGUUUCCUGGGGUUUAUAUUUACUAUUCUCUCUUAUGUUUGACCUCUUAUAACCACUCAGUGAUCAAAAACAUAACGUAUUUGAACAUUGUUGUCUGUUUCAAAUUGUGAACUUCUUGAGCUGAAAUUUUACAUAGGCAGAGAGAUGUACCAUUUAGAUCUUAUUUUAGCAUCUUAUUGUGGGUUCUGUCAUAUCAGCAUCAUAAUACAUGCAAUGCAUUUUUUCUUAAGUUCACUCUUUAACUUGCUGGUUUCGUUUGUAAUACCCAGUCUCUACUGUGAUCCCUGUCUGCAAAAGUUAACAAGUAUUGGAUUUAGAUUUUUGUUUGUAGUAAGCUUACCUAUAGGGAGAUAGAUUAACUUGUUGAUAUAAGUGUAACAGAGAUAGCUCUUGGUAACAGAGAUAGCUAAUGGUAAACAGAAUGAUUUUUUGUUCUGUUCUUAUUUGAGCUCCCUUCUUCUUCUUCUCCUCCCCCUUCUUCUUCUUCUUCUUCUUCUUCUUUAAACAAAGGUAAUUAGACCUAGUGCAGCCUCUAGGAAAAGUCUUGCCUUUUUGUUAGAGAAAAUAGGAGCAAGGUUUCCAUUUUAAAGCAUCUGUUAUUGAAUGCGUCGAACCCGGUUCCAUUUGUUUGGGUUUGUUGUUAUAGAACUCGGUCCAGUCAUUUGGGCCAAAACCAGCCAAAAGCUCAGCUGCCUUUCUCACCAGACAGUGGUACUGGUAUACCUUUUGUAGAUGAAAACUUUACAUAAGAAAAAAAUAAAAAGCUAUUUAGCGUUAAUUUAUGUGCCAAAUUCAGAUCAUGUUGUUGUUACUCUAGCCUUCAAUGUCAUAAUAGAGCAGGGAGUAAUGAAUAGGUGAUUAGGGAAAUGAAUUCUGCCAAUAAUUAUCCUUCCUGUUAGGCUUUUUUUGUUUCAUGAAGGUUACCAUCAUGCUUCAGAGUUGAGAGUGGAGAUGAAAAUGGAAAUGGAUUGCUUGUUCAAGCAAUGGAUUCAAGCAAAUGGAUUGCUUCAGAUCAAGACAUUAACAUUGGAAUGCUUGGACCCGUCAGACCUUUACUAUUAUUUGAAAACUUAUGUACAGUUUAGCUGCAAAUAUACCAGAGCUAUUUUUGAUGGAUACACUAAACUUAAUGUUGGCAGAUCUCAGCCUUCUUGAUUUCGUUUGUUUGUUUGUAUUUACCUAUAGGCCUACAGGCACCUGGUUGUGUCCCAGUCUAAUCAGUAGUUGCUUGAUUGAAAGUUGAUUGUACAUCUACCAUUUUAAAAUUAGCUCCAUUUUUGGAAAGAAAAAAUAAUUUCUUAGAAACAUCUCUUAUUUACUAAUUUUCUGAAAAAGAUCCAAGCAGUUAAGCGUUCUGAAUGGUAACGAAAUACUUUCUAAAAGGCAAGUGCUAUGACACCAUGUAUGAAUGUAAUUCUCCUAGUAAUUUACCUCUAUUUGGUGUCUUAACACUUUGGUUUAUAUCUCAGGGGUUGUCUGCAAACCAAAACUGACACAUUCUUUGGUUAGCUUUUGUUUUUUUGUUUUUUGUUUUAAAACACAAUGCUUUGCUUUUGUUUCAUUCCUUCUCUCUUCUUUUGUCUGAUGUGGGUUAAUAGUUAGUCUCCACGAUCUUCCCUUUGAAAGAGCCUGUAAAAUUUAGAUGAGUCUAAAAGUGCUCUUUGAAGUAGCAGCAAUUUGGAGGUAGAUGCUCUGUUAUAUAGAAAUAAAUCGUCCUUGCUAUUUUCUUACGUUUAGCUUUGCUAAAUUGUAUAUAAUUUGAGCUAAGACCAUAGGAAGUUCACUUUCUGCAUGGUAAAAUGACCCAAUAAAUAUUCCAUUUUGCUUAA